AUGCUCGCGGUCGAGGCAAUCGAGAAGCGUCGUUUCUUGCGGCCCCAGUACCGUGCCUUGCCCCCCGAAGUCACUGGUAGUGUCUUGUCGCACUGGUUCUUCUCUUGGCAGAUACCGCUGUUUCGCGCUGGCUAUUCUAAGCACCUGGAGAUCGAGGCGUUGUUUCCUCUCGAAAAGCAUUUCAAGUCUUGGUAUCUUCAAAAGCUUUUGCAGACAGCGUGGGCUAAAGUCCUGAGGACCUUGAAGUGGCCGACCCUGUCUAUCAUCUUUCCACGUCUGUGCUUCAUCGGCUUCACCUUUUGCCAGCCAUUCCUCAUCUCUGCAACCCUCGAGUGGGCAGAGAACGACAGUGACUCUGACGACAUGGACCAAGGAUAUGGCCUCAUAGGCGCAUGGUUUCUGGUGUUCAUGGGUCUAGCAGUGACGAGUGGCCAGUAUCAACACCUCACAUAUCGCGCCAUCACCAUGGCACGCGGCCAGCUUGUUUCGAUCUUGUUUGACAAGGCCACGGAUAUCAGUAUCGCUGCUGCUGAUCCUAGCGCAGCCCUGACUCUGAUGAGUGCCGACAUUGAAAGGAUCGACACGGGCUGGCGCACUGCCCAUGACGUUUGGGCCAACUUGAUUGAGAUUGUUAUUGCAGUCUACCUGUUGGGACGCCAGCUCGGCAUUGCGUGUCUGAUUCCCGUCGGGGCAGCAAUUUGUGAGUCAAUCUUGAAACGGGGAGCAAUAGAGAACGAGGAAUGA